AGUGUCAUUUCCGUAGAAAUUACGUUGAGGUUGAGUCUGCAUUAUUUUUGUGUGACGUGCGGUGCGUAAAAAAAAAAAUAGAAAAAGUGUGUAUAAAUCCAGCAAAGGAUAUAUUAACAAUAAAUACUUGUUAAUAAGCGCAUAAUCAACAACAAAUAUGGUUGGAUCACGCGUUUAUGUAGGUGGACUACCGUACGGAGUCCGCGAACGCGAUUUGGAGCGUUUUUUCAAAGGCUAUGGACGCACUCGUGAUAUACUUAUCAAGAAUGGCUAUGGCUUCGUGGAAUUUGAGGACUAUCGUGAUGCAGAUGACGCUGUAUACGAAUUAAACGGGAAAGAACUGCUGGGGGAACGCGUUGUUGUUGAGCCAGCUAGAGGCACAGCGCGUGGCAGUAAUCGGGAUCGUUACGAUGAUCGCUACGGAGGACGCCGCGGUGGAGGCGGCAGAUAUAAUGAUAAAAACAAAAAUUCCAGAUCAUCCUCUCGCUAUGGACCGCCAUUGCGCACUGAGUAUCGUUUGAUUGUCGAGAAUUUAUCCAGUCGCGUUAGCUGGCAGGAUCUGAAGGAUUAUAUGCGCCAGGCAGGCGAGGUAACCUAUGCUGAUGCUCACAAGCAGCGCCGCAACGAAGGUGUGGUAGAGUUUGCUUCAUUGUCGGACAUGAAGACCGCCAUUGAGAAGCUUGAUGAUACCGAGCUGAAUGGUCGUCGUGUACAUUUGGUCGAAGAUCGUCGUGGUGGACGCAGCGGUGGUGGUGGAGGCGGUGGUGGUGGCGGUGGUGGUGGCGGCGGCGGUGGUGGACGUGGUCGAUCCCGCUCGUCCAGCUCUCGUUCACGUUCUCGCUCUCGCAGACGUUCACGUUCACGCCGUUCGUCGCAUUCGCGCUCUAAGUCACGUAGCCGCUCCAAGUCCCGUGGUGGCCGCUCCAAGUCCAAGUCACCAGUCAAAUCGCGUUCUCGCACACGCUCUCGCUCUAACAAAUCUCGCGAUGUGUCCAAGUCAAAGUCAAAGUCUCGUUCGCGCACUCGCUCCCGCUCGCCCAAGCGCGAUUCACAUUCACGUUCACGCUCCAACUCUAAGCGUGAGUCACGUUCCCGUUCACGUUCAAAAUCGAAUCGCCGUGAUUCGCGUUCACGUGAUCGCUCCGCAUCGGCUGAUAACAAGUCACGUUCUCGCUCUCGUUCCCGGUCAGCAUCGCCGAAAAAUGGAAACGCUUCACCGGACCGCAACAACGAAAGCAUGGACGAUUAGAUUAGUUAGCUGUCCCAUUAAUUAUAAAAAUAUUGAUUUUAGUUUUCGACUAUUUACUAUAUAGAAAAACAAAUACAGACACCCUUAUCCACCAAAAUCACUUGAAACAAAGUAAAACCUAACACAAAAAAAGAAAACAAAUCGUGCAAACUUUCUAUCCACUACCAAACAUCGUAAACAUUUUUUUAAUAUUUAAAAAUUAUGUUUUAAGAAUAUAUUCGACAGACAUCGCUAUUCCAACUGUAAUACAAUUGUUGAGUAUACCUGAUUGUAAACACAAACUAAAAGAAACAAAGAAUGGACAUCAGGUCGUCCGGUCGGAUACUUUUUCCAUUGAUUAAUUUUUGAGCAAAGGCAACACAAACUCUUGCCUAACAAAUUGUUUAAACCAAACUAUCACACAUUUGUCUUUACAAAUAUUUCAAUAAAAACUGAAUGGAUUACUUAUAUACAAACUGAAAACUGAGUG